UAAAACGUGUAGUGCGAGCCAAAAUCUAAAAGCGCUAAGGUCUGGCUCGGUGUCAUCGAGCAAUGGAAUACUGAAAUGCUCAUGUAAUAACCAACAAAAUAGUUGGGUGUUAUUCUCGUGGUGAAAUAUCAAAGUGAUGUAUCUUGCAUAAUCCGUCAGCAGUUUUUUUCGCGAAUGCAUGUGUAAAGAAGGACAUUUGAAAGAUGGUUUCGUUGAUGCAGCCCUUUAUGGAUGUUGAGAGUUCGAGGAGCUAUAUCGACGAAUUAUAUUCACCGGACUCUCAAAAGUGCCUUCAAGCUAUAAUUUGUCUCAAGAAUUCCGUUAUUGGGAGUAACAGACAAAAGGGAUCUGUAAUUGCACAAGGUGUUGUACCAAGGCUACUGCAGCUAUUAGGUGAUACCUCUGGUGCAGUUAGCGACCGUGUGCGUUUGGAAUCCGCUAUCACCUUGGGUUCAUUAGCAAAAGGCACAGACCAGCAUGUCUUGGCGCUGAUAGACCUUGGCGUUGUUCCAAUGGUUCUUCAAGUUUUAUCAUCUGUUCAACAACCUACCACUGGUAGCUUCGAUAGAAUACCUAGUCUCUUGAUUGAAGCGUGCUUAAGAUGUUUAAGGACUAUCUUCCAACACUCCGUCGCGCCAGUCCAAGCUAUUUAUCAAGAUCCACUUAUGGUGUCGCGUUUGCUUGUACUGGCUAAUUGUUCCAUCACUUGUCAAGUAUGCGUUGCAACUAUAUUGACAACGGCAUGCAAGACGGUUGAUGAGCAAAACGCAUUAUCAAAAAGCGGUGCAGUUCAAACACUUGCGACACAAUUAGAAUCGCCAUUAUCGGAUGUACAGUUGCCAGCGUUGGCUUGCCUCGCAAACAUGUGUUACCAAAAUCAUGCAGUCUCGGUGAUGGUCGCAGCGACGACGACCAAUAAAGGUUCUCAGAGCAGGUUGGUUCCUGUGUUGCUCGGCCAACUAAUGGGCCGUGAAAAAAGCUCGCUGGUGCAACUGGAAGCUGCGAGAUGCGUCGCAUACAUGCACAGGGCUGGUGCUCUUCCCGCAAUGGAUCCUCGAGUACUUUAUCGAGCGUUGCCGUGUCUCGUGAGACUGUGUCAUCGAGAUAGACCAUCUCGGGAACGUAUCGCAGCAGCGGAAACGCUUGCUUAUUUAACCGAAGUCGAUACAGAUUUGCAGCGUUUAGCAUCAAUUAGCAAUCAUCUUAUACCAACACUUGCCGAACUUUUGAAACCUCAUCCUCAGGUGCAAGACGCUUCGUUGACUCAAGAUAUGAGACAAGCAGCGUUCAGAGCAUUUGCUUCACUUGGUGCCAAUGACGAAGAUAUAAGGAAAAGGAUAAUAGAAACAGAAAAUCUUAUGGAACAAGUAGUCUCCGGACUACAGGAUCCUGGAGGACCCAGAGUACGAUUAGCCGCUGUCAGAUGUCUUCAUUCACUUUCAAGGAGUGUCCAGCAAUUGCGAACUACUUUUCAAGAUCAUGCUGUUUGGCGACCUUUGAUGCAAUUGCUCCAUGGUGCUGACAAAGGAUUGGAGGGCCGAGGAGAGGGCGAAGAGGAUCUUUUGACGGUGGCGUCUAGUACUCUGUGCAAUUUACUUCUGGAAUUCAGUCCGAGUAAGGAGCCUAUCCUUGAAUCCGGAGGCGUAGAGCUCCUUUGCUCGUUGACGAAACGACCGGAUCCAUCGUUACGGUUAAACGGCAUAUGGGCUUUAAUGAACGUAGCUUUUCAAGCCGAACAACGUGUCAAAUCCCAAAUACUGUCCUGUCUUGGAACCGAUCAAAUAUUUCGACUUCUGGCUGACCCCGAACUAGCGGUACUCAUGAAAACACUCGGUCUGCUUCGAAAUCUGCUCUCAACCAAAGCCCACAUUGAUCGGAUUAUGGACGAACAUGCGGCUCACGUCAUGCAAGCGGUCGUUCUCGUUCUCGAAGAUCCGGAACAUCCAGCUGACGUCAAGGAACAGGCGCUAUGCAUCCUCGCAAAUGUUGCCGACGGCGAUCGAGCUCGGGAUCAUAUUAUGGCUAACGAAGAUGUUCUUAAAAAACUUAUGGAUUAUAUGAUGCACAGUAAUGUAAAACUGAAAGUGGCUGCUAUUUUCUGUGUGUGCAAUUUGGUUUGGCGUGAAGAACCCGGUGCUGCUCAACGUCAGGCGCGACUACGCGAAUUGGGUCUUUAUCAAAUUUUACAGCAAUUACGUCACACAAAAGAUUCUCAACUGUUUGAUAAGGUGAAAACCGCAAUGGCACAAUUCUUUGAUCCUUGAACGAAAAUAAAAGCCAUAUUCUACAACCA